AGCAAUGACGGGGAUUGUGAAAAGAGAAACUGACAUUUUCUCCACCUCAGAGUUCAAUCCAAGAACAACGCAGUUGUUGAUUGAACUGACUCAAGUUCACUGGGAUCAUUACAAACUGAACAAAACACAAUUUUAUCAGAUGCUGCACAAUGAAUUCUUGGCUCAUGGUUACAACAUUUCAGCACAGAAGAUCAGGAAAAAAUGGAACAAUUUGCUUGUUACUUACAAGAGAACAAAAAGCAGGACCCGACUGUCAGGCGAAGCAAGGAUUACAUGGGAGUAUUUCGAGGCCCUGGACAAUCUUCUGUCACAGAGAGUGGGAGCACCUCUGACAUCAUCAGUUCCCACCGUUUCCACGGCGCUGUUUCCCAUGGUGGCCGAGCAGCCUCCGGCACCUUCCCCAGCGCCGUGCACGCCUGCUCCGUCACACACCCAGUCACCUGACAGGCAGGGAACGCACACAGACUCCACCUCCAGCAUCACGCCCAGCGCGUCGUGUCAGCGCAAACCCCUGGGCGCUAAGAGGAAGAAGAUGGCCUCAGACGCCACGGACACCUUCUUGGAGAAUUACGAAGGACACGCACUACGACGCACCAAGGUUCUGGAGAGCCUCGCCAACAGACACACGUGGAGGAACGUCUUGGCAGAAAAAAGGAGGGAAAACCGCGAGGCGAGGAGAGAGAAAAGGGAAGAGGAGACAUUGGCCUGCCUGAAGGAUAUCUCCUCAACACUCCGGGAGAUGUCUGAGAAGCAGGACCGCAUCAUAGCUCUGCUGGAGAAAAGAUGUUAA